AUGCAGGAAUUUCACGAGUUUAGGAUCGAGGUGUUGGUGCUUUGCCAGGUACGACACCCUAACCUCGUCCCUUUCAUCGGAUACUAUCUCGCUAAACGAUACGGGUUCCUUGUCUACAAGUUCAUGGUCAAUUCAAACCUCGCGAGACACCUCAAUGGCACUAACCCCAAUCCCAAUCCUAAUCCGGUCCCGUGGAAACGAAGACAAAAUAUUUGCGUUGGAGUGGCACAUGGGCUACACUACCUUCACACUGGUCUGAAGCAUACUAUUGUCCACAGUGGUGUGGAGAUGACCAAUAUUCUAUUGGACGCGAAAUGGGAGGCCAAGUUGUCAUUUUUGGGGUUGUCCAAGAUGGGUCCUCCGAGUAUGUCAAAGGCUUUAAUUAGGAUCGAAACUGAUAGAGUUGUGGGUACUUACAGUUACAUGGAUCAAGAGUAUGUCAUGUUCAAGAAGCUGAACGAUAAAUCCAACGUCUACUCUUUUGGUGUUGUAUUGCUUCAACUACUCAGUGGAAUAACACCAAGUCCAUUUGCAAGACCGAUGGAUCUGGUUGGGUUGGCACGAAAAUGA